AUGCCUGGACGGGUUGAAGCAGAGCAUUGCAGCCAUGUCGGCGGUUCUCCAACAUUAGCACCAGAAGGACACCCAGAGGUAUCCGUGCCUCUCUCAUUCCAGGACCCAUUUACCCUCUGUCCCCGGGCGAGCACAUUGCCAGGUUCCGGUGAUGACAUGCCCCCGUCGUCUGAUACAUCCCAUUAUAUCUUGCCUCGACGCAAUUCUGUGUCCGCGGAAUCCUUCGUGCCCGGCCAGCAGAGCUUGCCAAGCACCAGCUUUGAUAUGACCGAGGAACAAGCCCAUCGUCUCGUGCGCGCGGUGAAAGAAGUCUUUCUCUUCUCCGCCCUGGACAAUGAGCAAUAUGCACAAUUAUUGAGAGCCUUUGUCGGAAAGGCCGUUCCUAUCAAGGGCACCAAUGUUAUCACACAAGGCGACAUAGGUGACAACUUCUACAUCGUCGAGAAAGGCACCUUCGACAUCUACAUCACCCUCGCCUCCACCCCACAGCCAACCACCCCCAGCAUCGGCACCAAACAUGGAUCCGCCCACCCCGGCGACUUCUUCGGCGAGCUCGCACUGCUAUACAAUGCCCCUCGCGCCGCAACCAUCAUCUCCACCGAGCCGGACUGUCACCUCUGGGCUCUCGACGGCGUAUCCUUCCGUCGCAUCAUGGCGGAAUCCGCAUUCGCCCGUCGACGAGUGCACGCCUCUUUUCUAGAACGUGUCCCGCUCCUGGCCGGGCUGUCUGGGCGGCAGCGUUCAAGGAUCGCAGAGGCGCUGCAGACUCGGCGGUAUUGCGCUGGAGAUACCAUCAUCCGACAGGGGGACCUGGGUAAUGAUUUCUUCCUUCUCGUGUCGGGAGAGGCUCGCGCCUAUAAAGUGGGGUUCGUGGGGAGCGUGAAGACGUACACGUCGGGCGGGUGGUUUGGGGAGCGCGCUUUCCGGAAGAAUGCGCCACGAGCUGCGAGUAUCGUGGCUGUCACGGAUGUGGUUGUCGCGGUGCUGGAUCGGGAUGCGUUUGCGCGGUUGCUGGGUCCGGUGGAGGAGAUUAUGGGGAACACGCAGUAUGAGGGCGUUGUUGAUGAGGAGGAGGUGGUGCGGAUGGGGUGAGAUACAAGGGGUCUGUUAUGAUUUACAGAUCGAUUUGUUAUACUGAAAAUUCAUCAGUAGAGAUAUUAAACGACUAGCUGUUAUCUGAUG